CUGGAAAACAACAGUUUAUUCGUCACCACACGCACUUAAAGCCGAUAAACGCCAGCUAGCUGCAUUAAUCUGGGACUAUGGAUGGCCCCUCGACUAUCAGAGCUUCGGCUUUGAAUAGGCUUGCGGCAUUAGCAGUCAAGGGACCAGAAUGCGGCAGCGAUUCAGACAUCGCACGACUCGCCCAGCAGUCACUAUGCCCCGCACACCCCCCGAACGAUACCCUUAACGGUAUCUUGCAAGCCCAAGCUCCUACAUCGCGGGUGCCUAUGGGUAUAAAAGAGCUAGACGUGCUGGUUGCUCUAUGUAAAGCGUCUCCUUCCGUGACCAAUAUCGAGCAUGCUUCGAGACUGGUAUCACUUUUGUCACAAUACCUUCCCGAAUCGCAUAGCCAACUUUUCCGCCCUUCACCCUUUCUUCACAAUGUGAAACCUUCGCCCUGGGAGAGCCUGACUCAUAAUCUCACGUUGGCUCUCCUCUCCCUGGGUUCUAGCCAUCCACAGCUGCGUAGCAUCGUGGCCGGCGCUUUCAAUGAGUAUCUGAGCAAUUGUGCCGAAGCUAUCAAAGCAGUUGCGCCCCUUCAUCACUACCAAGCGGAAGCAAACAGUCGGGAUGCCGAACAUGAAUCAACCAGCGUGCUAUCGAUAUCGGCCUCUCUUGUCGGCUUUCUGGGAGCUUCGGCUGCACUUUCUUCAUUCUGGGCUCCAAGCGAGAAGCUUCAUUUAGCCAACAACUUGCGGUCGAUGCUCUGCGAGCGGUUCUUGGUAGCCGUUGAGACUGCCUCGUCUAUUGUGCGGAAUGGAAGCAUGCCUGGUUAUCUGCUCAGGGAGUGGAGAAAAUACACUCGCCGUUAUGAUGCCGAUGGCCGUCCUCUAGGGGCUAUGUUGCUCCAGGAAGGUUUCAUCAGGUUUAUCAAGUCAUGCGUUACACGUGCGGCCGACAUAAAUGGCACAUCAGGUGUCGAGUUUUCACACGAUAGCCUGCCUGAAUUAGGCACCGCUACAAGUUCUGACGACACAGAGAUCGCUCUUAUCGAUCGGGUGGCAGCCAUCAUCGCUGAUGAGAUCCAGCUCCUAGAAGAUGGCUCGGAUUAUCUGCAACUUGGCUCCCCCUGGAAGCAACGACUUGCUUUUUCCAUGAAGGCCCUAGCUCUAGUUGGAUAUUUGAAUUGUAUCAUUCUGUGUGAAGAUACAACGAAUAAGGAAGACUUUGUAUCAUGGCUAGAAGACACACUUAUGGAUCCGAGACAGAUGGCUUAUGCUGAAUUAGCAACAGCGGUCCUGACAAGCAUGGCAGUCGUUUCGCGAGCUUCCAUAACGAUGGCAUCCUCAGGGAGCCGCUCUUUGUUGAGAUUCAUCGUUGAAGGAGGUGCACCGACCGGUACCACCGGUUCUAUUGCAGGCAAAUGCCUUGCACAUGUUCUCGGUGGUCUAUCUCAAGAUUCUGUUAUUACUACACUCUACUCCCUAGGGAAUGUUCUCAGCUCUGGCUCAGGCACCGACAAGUCGUACCAAAGCCACAUGCUUGGGGAUAGUACCGCCCAUGGAAAUACACCUCUCGCAUUCCCAACCACCAGAACUGGCAGUGUGGUUUCGUUUUCAGGUGAUGACGAAUCAAAUAAUCUUUCGUACAAAAAUGUCGUCCGAGCUAUUGUACAGAUCGCAGCCAGCUGCAAUGAUGAGAAAAUAAGCGCUUUGGCACAGUCCAUGUUGCUACAGAAGAUUGGGAAGGUGAAUGCUACUAUUGACGCUUUUAUCAUUACAGAAACAGCUGCUAUAUCAUUGAGUACCGGGCAAGCCGAGUUUCAGCUCCUGCUCAAGUUCUAUGAUCGAGCAUACCGUGAUGGCAUGGCCAGGGGCUACAACAGUGUUACUGAUGCUGUUAAGAGUGCAUUGGCAUAUCUCUCUAUCACGUUGAAAAGAGACUCGCCACUAUACGGUGUAUAUCUGGUUCAUCUGCUGGAGAAUGUCGUAAACAAGGGCGAUGCUACCAAUCUCGAAAGUGAGAGGCAGAAGGAGCUUGCUCUUGCAGCCGACGAAAUCGGUCCUCUUCUAAGGCCCUUGGCUUUGCUCGUGUCGUCAGACCAGAAACAGCAGGAUAGUGCAGAUACUAUCACAUACUACGAUCAGGAUGUGUCCGCUCUAUUCCGGGAUGCAUGGUUCAAUAUCGCAGUACAUGGGAUAUCCAUGCAUUCAGCUGUUGGUCAAAGCCAUGUUGAGGAGCUGCGCUUACUUGCCAAGCACUCUCCUCCCCUUGUCUCCGAAGAUCGUAUGGAGGCAACGGAAAGCGACGUUGAGUUGAACACAAUCCUUAGGCGAGGAAUGGGCUCACAACGUUUGCAAGAGCAGAAGCGAACUCUCCUUGCUGAACUCCCUGGUCACGAGGCCGAAACAAAGCGAUUAAGCUAUCCGCAAGUAGUUUUCCUCAACGCUACGAUCUUGGUCGAAAAGUUUCGUGCGCUGUCCGGCAAAUGUACUGGGUUCCUUGAUUACUUCCGCGACCCGGCCAUAGCUACUACAGAAAUGACCAGCUGUAUGAGUGCGAUUGCAGAGAAGGUAGUGGCCAGUUACCUUUCGCUGACGAUGUCCGGAAAAUCCGAAGGCUUCUCUGUUGCUUAUCUAUCAAGAGAACUAGCCGGCUUCUUUAUCGCUUGCAGUCAUCGUGUUGAAAGGGUACAGAACGUCGCUGUACUCUGUGCUAACAAGAUUAUAAACGAAUGCCCAUCGGCUCUGUGUGAGAAGCACUCCCUUUUCGCUUUGCUCGAGCUUCUGACCGUCAUGUGGCGCUCAUGUCUAGAAGGAGAACUCGAUGAGUUUGAAUGGAAUCCGUCAUUCACUUCACCCACAGGGUUGGUCAAAGCCGAUCUACCCGACAACUAUAACUUCAGGAAAAGAACAUUAGAUGUUCUGCUUGAACGAUCUAAAACAUGGGUAGCGGCGGCUAUGGAUAUUGCACCCUUGGAUGUAAAAGGCCUGCUCCAGACAUACCUAUCUCUUUCGGACGACCAUGCUGGAUAUGGCAAUGUUCUGUUGGGGCGCUCUUUCGCGCUUGAGAUGGGAUCGCUUAUCCCGAGCAGUGAUCAACGUCUUGGUUCAAUGGACAGCCACGGACUAAGCAAGAUAAACGUCGCUUCUGACUUCAUUUCUCAGUAUUCCACUCGUCAGAACUAUAGAACUUUGUAUGCACAAAGUGUCAGUGGCCCAACGCAGGGACCUAAUGGGCUUGGUGCUCAUAAUCUGCUUUCCGGGUCUUUGCUAUCUGCAAAUAAAGUCAUGGAGGAUACGCUGUAUCAACUCAACGCACGAUUGAAGUCAGGAGAAGUUGUCCCUACCGUCGCCGUUCGUGAUGUGCUACGGCAAGCUGCGGGCCUCCUGUGCAGUGAUAAUGACCCUUCUGCUUUCAUUGCUCAGUACUUGGUUCAGAUACCUUUUGAGAUAUUCUCGAAGGAGUCGAUGGACAUUGGUAUACCCCUCUGGCUCGGAGUAAUGCAUGAGAAUCCGAGAGUGGAGUCCAAAAUCUUGGUAGAAGUUAUUGGAUCCUGGGAAAAAUCGAUUCAGCGCCGAAAGGGGCUGUUUGACCUAAACUGCAACUACGUUGAUCCAAUGUUCAGCAAGAUCGAGCUGCUCCCCAGCGACAAAGCUCUGAUGGCGAAGAAUCAACAAAAAUCCCAAGGUAUCCUGACACCACAUUUCCAGCUUCUGCAGUUCUUCGAAAGUCAUUUUGCUGCUGUUCGGCUUGCAAACUUUCAGGUCAAGUCACUUUUCGGCCGUUUUGUUGAUAAAACAAGUGUGGGACUAUUGCAGGCCAGUGGUCACCCCCUGGCCAGGGAACUACAUUUUCGUAUUGUCUUGUUUGGACUACGGGUAUUGAAGGACUCCCGGUUACCAGACCGAAAUCUUGAGUGGAAGCUCAAGGACCAGAUUUUGUCCGCCGCUUUGACUUGGUUUAGACAUCCACCGAGGUGGUCGUUCGGUGGCAACCGGUUACAGAUCAAGGCCGAGGACAGGAUCCUAGGAGACGUUUCUUCCGCUCUAGCAGAUGUCGCUGGAGUUACUGGUCACAGUCGCAGCUCUUCUAGGACGCUUCAAGCAAGACAGGAGCUUCUCCAGAUCCUUCUGGAGGACGAAAGGUCACGCCUUAGGGUUUGGCUUUACCCCUUGGAACCAGACCGGAAACAUAAUAUGGCACAGUCAGCUGCAGUCAGAGUGUUUACGGAGGAUGCAACCAAUCUACUACGUCUGGCGUGGUCCGAAGCCCCAGGGUUGGCCAUCCAUCUUUCUACCCGCUUCCCGUCUACAAAGUUAAAGAACGACAUCCGGUGGUUGCUGCUCAACUUUCCGGACAAGGCUAUUGACGAGCCAAGUGCCCUUGAAGUCCUUUUUGGGUCUGCUCUUCCUGCCGACGUCCAUAGCCAGCUGAAGUUCCUCCUAUACUGGGCCCCGGUCAACCCUGCCGAAGCCCUGACUUACUUUCUACCCACCUAUGGAAACCAUCCCUUCAUACUGCAGUAUGCGAUGAAAGCCCUCGAAAGUCAUUCAGUCGAUGUUCGUUUCUACUUUGUGCCACAACUGGUCCAAGCUUUACGAUAUGAUGCACUGGGCUACGUAGAAAGAUAUAUCAUGGAGACAGCGAAGUUGUCUCAGCUGUUUGCGCACCAAGUCAUAUGGAAUAUGAAAGCCAAUUCCUACAAAGAUGAGGAUUCUCAGAUUCCGGACCCUCUCAAACCAACACUGGACAAAUUCAUGGAUGCUUUGAUCUCAAGCUUCACAGAUGAGGAGCGUGAGUUUUAUGAGAAAGAAUUCUCCUUUUUCAAUGAAAUUACGGGCAUUUCCGGAAAGCUUCGACCCUACAUCAAAAGAAGCAAGGCAGAGAAAAAGGAGAAGAUUGAAGAGGAACUUCGUAAGAUCAAGGUGGAAGUCGGUGUAUACCUUCCGAGCAAUCCCGACGGUGUUGUUGUGGGAAUCGAUCGCAAAUCCGGCAAACCUCUCCAGAGCCACGCAAAGGCGCCCUAUAUGGCGACGUUCAGAAUUCAGAAAACCAGGGCACGGUCAGAAGAUGACAAAAUCACUCAAAAGACUGGUGAUACACGACCUUCAAAUGGGGAUCAAGAAACCUAUGAAGUAUGGCAGUCAGCCAUUUUCAAAGUUGGUGACGACUGCCGUCAAGACAUGUUAGCUUUGCAAAUGAUUGCUGCUUUCAGGGGUAUAUUCGCUAGUGUCGGCCUUGAUGUUUGGGUGUUCCCAUAUCGAGUUACUUCAACGGCCCCCGGUUGUGGCGUUAUUGAUGUGCUUCCCAAUUCGAUCUCUCGCGAUAUGUUGGGUCGCGAGGCAGUCAAUGGCCUGUAUGACUACUUUAUCUCCAAGUAUGGAGGGGAGGAAUCUAUACGAUUCCAGGAAGCACGCACCAAUUUUGUCAAGAGCAUGGCUGCUUAUUCUGUCAUUUCCUAUCUCCUACAGUUCAAAGAUCGGCAUAACGGGAACAUCAUGGUUGACGACGCUGGCCACAUCAUCCAUAUUGACUUCGGGUUCUGUUUCGAUAUUGCACCGGGAGGUGUGCGAUUCGAGCGUGCCCCCUUCAAGUUGACAUCCGAGAUGGUUGCGGUGAUGAGCGGUACUCACCAUGCACACACCCAUCCAGGUAGCGGCUCGGGUAGUGGGCUCGGUCUCCCCGGUGGUGGUUCUCAUAGCCCUACUAGCACGCAGCCUUACAAGUGGUUUGAGUCACUGGUUGUGAAGGCAUUCCUUGCUUCGCGUCCGUACAGUUCUAAGCUGUCCCACAUCGUGUCACUGAUGCUUGACAGCGGUCUUCCCUGCUUCAAGCCGGAUACGUUGAAGAACUUCCGCGAUCGAUUUGUACUCGAUAAAACCGAGAGGGAAGCAGCUGAAUACAUGCGUGAGCUCGUCCGCAAGUCGUACAUGAGCGUUUCGACAAAGGGAUAUGACCAAUUCCAGCUUUUAACCAAUGGCAUUCCCUAUUAGACCUCAUAAGCUCUUUCUAUCCGGGGAACGCAGCGGGUGUGAGGUCCUGCCACAGACUCCUUUUUUUCCCCUCGUUUCGUUUGGCUCUCACGCUGCUCUUGGGGUAUCCGCUAUUUGUGAAGUCAAAGUCGAUCAUUCAACUCUGUUUCAAUGCUACCAUUCAUUCUCAUUGCAGUUACUUUCUUGCUCAGAUAAGGACAGAGUGGUGUCCAGUCAAAGCCUUAGAAAUAUCCGCGCCCCUUAUCCUUAUCACUUUGUGUGAUGCUUCCAGAUGAAGGGCAGAGCCCGAGUUGUGGCUCAUCGUGUUCGCGGAUGUCGAAAACAAUAGCUCUGACCCACUCAAUUAAUUCUCUAUAGAAAACAUU